GUCAGUCGGUCGGUCGGUGGUGCCGCUGCUGAGCAGAAAAACGGGGAAAAGACUUGCAAAUUGGCACCACCAAGAGAACUAACUCUCCAGUUCAACAUAAAACCCUGAAGAGGAAUACACCCGUUUUCAGGCCCUCCACACAUAGUGUAACUGAGGGCAGCAGCGAUGUCGGGCUCCUACGAUGACUCCAUGAUCGAUGUCUCCAGUGAUAGCUUCUGGGAGGUCGGUAACUACAAGCGUACGGUGAAACGGGUAGACGAUGGCAACCGACUCUGUAACGAUCUCAUGAACUGUCUUCAUGAGCGGGCACGCAUCGAAAAGGCCUACGCUCAACAGCUCACAGAGUGGAGCAAGCGCUGGCGGCAGCUCAUAGAGAAAGGACCUCAGUACGGGACCUUGGAGCGGGCAUGGUCUGCUCUGUGCACGGAGGCGGAGAAGGUGAGCGAGCUCCACAUGGAGGUGAAAUCAGCACUGAUGGGGGAAGACUACGAGAAGCUGAAGAACUGGCAGAGGGACGCCUACCACAAACAGAUGAUCGGCGGCUUCAAAGAGACUAAAGAGGCUGACGACGGAUUCCGCAAAGCUCAGAAACCCUGGGCCAAGAAACUCAAAGAGAUGGAGAUAAUGAAGAAGUCUUACCACUCUGCCUGCAAAGAAGAGAAGCUGGCAGCCAGCAGGGAGACCAACAGCAAGCUGGAGAGCAACAACAACCCUGACACCCAAAAGAAGCUCCAAGAAAAGGUGGAGAAGUGUCAGCAGGAGGUGCAGAAGACUAAGGAACGCUAUGAAAAAUCCCUUGAAGAGCUCGACAAGUUGACCCCUCAGUACAUGGAGAACAUGGAGCAGGUGUUUGAGCAGUGGCAGCAAUUUGAAGACAAACGCAUUGGCUUUUUCAGAGAGCUGUUGCUAGAGGUUAAACAGCACCUGGACCUCUCAACCAAUCACAGAUUCCAGACAGUGUACCACACGCUGGAAGACACAGUCUCUGCUACUGAUGCUGAGGAGGACCUAAAGUGGUUCCGCUCCAAUCACGGCCCUGGCAUGCCAAUGAACUGGCCCCAGUUUGAGGACUGGUCCGUAGACCUGAACCGGACCCUGAGCAGACGAGAAAAGAAGAAGCCAUCAGAGGGUGUCACACUGACAGGCAUCAAUCAAACUGGGUCAGACCAGCCUGUUCAGCCUGCCAAGACCAGCAGCAGCCUGACUGUACCCACUAAUGCGGUGCUGGUGGGCACGAACCCUUUCGAAGACGACGAAGACGAGGAAGAGCAGGAGGAGGAGACGGCAGUCGAGCAGCAGACCACAGUCAACCACAUCAGUGUGAAUAAAGAGGAAGUUAAAACUGCUAGCAGUAUGGAGAAGACUCCUGACUGGUCAGACGAAGACACGGGUGCUAACCCUUUCUCAGCCAACGGAGAUGGGAAUCCAUUUGAGGACGAGCCAACUUCUCCGGUCGUAUCGGUCGCUGUGAAAGCCCUCUAUGAUUACGAAGGACAGGAGCAGGAUGAGCUGAGCUUCAAAGCAGGGGAAGAGUUCAUCAAAAUUGGCGAAGAAGAUGAUCAGGGCUGGUGCAAAGGUCGGCUCAAGGAUGGACAAACAGGCCUCUAUCCUGCUAACUAUGUGGAAGACAUGCAGUAAUAAAUUAUGACGAAUGUAUGAAUGUGAAGAAGAAAGUGGCAUGUUAAGAAAUGACAGUGUGGCUGGAAACAAGAAGACUCUGCCUUACUUACCUUUUCUCCCUGUUUGUGAAGACUGGACUGAGUGGGAGAUAAGGACAGAUAAGAGCAGAUGUAUAUUAUAUUAAAAAGACCACUUGAGAUACUGUUGCUUGCUACACAUUUUGACCCUCAUAGAAACUAAAGUGCAAAAAGUGGAACUGAAACACAAGUUUAUAGAUGAUUCCAGGUGAGAGAAAAAUUGCUGUCAGUGUAAGAUUUGUUACUCAAAGCAACAGUUGUCUUACAGUCCAAUUUAUGCUGUUACAAAAAUAGAUAAUCAACUAUAUAUUAGAUAAGACUCACUAAAAAUGUAUGUGUGAAUUUAUAUAUAGUUUAAAGAAACACUGGGAUGACAGUGACAAAUUGUCUUGUUACAUGCAGCCUUAACAUGCAAGCCACUAUGGAUUCAUUAAGGGAGAUUACCCUCUUUAUAACCAUAAUUAUCUAUUUUAGGUUUGAAACUAUUUCUGAAGCUGUUAGAAUUGAGUCCAUAAAUGUUUAUCAGCUGAUCUUCUGGAUGAAAUUAGUCAGAUUGAACUUGAUUUUAAACUACAUUGUUCUGUCAUUCCUUUUCAGGGUUUUUUUUUUUGUUUUUUUUGUUGUUGUUUUUUUUCCAUUCAGUUCAUAACUGUUGUGGUUAUUCAAUAAGGAAUGAUUAAGACCAGUAGAGCCUUAUCCUGACGUAGCCUUCAUUUAGCUCACAGUGGGCGAGAUUUCCUCUAGUCACUGCAAUUGAAUGUACACUCACUGAUUGUAUUUUCUCACUUAUUAAUUGUUCACUUGUGCCGAUGUUGGAUCUUUGCAACCACUGACCUGUUCCCCCCACAAAUAACUGUCCUCAAAGCCUUAUAUAAAAAUCUCUACUCUCUGUUAAUUGUAGAUUGUAAUACUUUUUUUUUUUUCAUGCAACACUGAACAUUUUUCAGAAAACUUUUCUGACUUGAAGCUCUGUGUUUUUAAGUCUCUUGCUUGUUUUUCAUACAUCAAGUUAUGGGAUGGGAGAGUGUUUUAGUGUUUGUUUAUUACAAGUCAAGCAAUAAAAGUCACAGUCAAGUAUGGUGUUGUUAUACAUGCAUGUAAAUAGCCAAGAUUAAACGUAUAAGAACAAAUUAAGCGUUGAGAUGCAGAUGAUUUUUAGUUGGACAAUUGAUGAUUGUUAAUUUAUGAUGCAACAAGGGCUUUUCUUCUCUUGUUAGAAUGCUGUGACUGAGAAUCAGUUUGUACAAAAAUCGAAUGUUUUAUGACAAAUAUCCCUUGAAUCUGUUAUUUUGUUAUAUUUGUACAUAUGAUUAUUUUUCUCUUUUCCAGAGGGCCAUACACAUUUUAAUUAAUCAACAAAUACUAUGUGAAUAAUUGCUAAAAAAAAAUGUUUUCUCUUGGAAGUGUUGCCAUAAAUCGAUAUACCUGAUUCCACAUGUGUUUUGAUCAUCGAGUAUUUUGUCAGCUUGCCUGUUUGGAGAGAUGAACUGCAGGCUUUUCACUUGUGCAAGCUCCAAAAUAAUUAAUUGCAUAGUUUAUCAAUGAAAUCAACAAAACAAAAAAAAUCUGCUAUUUGAUGCCUUCACUAAGUUGUCUCUUAUAAUAGUGAGAAAGGAGAUGUUUUGCCAUGUUUUCAGGGCACGCUGUCAUCGGACACAGCAACGGCUGUACUUGCACAGUAAGGUUUGUAAAUGUUGUCCCACGACAUAAUAAAUGAAUUUAUUGGGAAAA